AUGGAUAAUAAGGACUCCAAUAAUACAAACGACUUGAAUAAGUCACCCAACGAGGGACCGACUGUCAGUUCAAUACCUAAUUAUAUAAAGAAACCGUUGACUUCAUCCAAUUCACUGCCCAUCAAUGGCAUGAAUGUGGGGUCACUUCCCAGCUCUCCAAACAUCAUUCGAAACAUCCAGACCUCGGCUUUACUCAAGAAUUCACCACAACUUCAUCGCGUCUUCUCUGAACUGAGGCCUCCCUCGCCAUCCCUGAGCAUCACUCGUCCCGUCUAUAAUGUGGACGAAUUUAAUAAGAAUUAUAUUCCCAAUGAAAUACAAAAGACAACGAAAGAAAAGUUUAAAUCUAUUGCUCCCGACUUCUCGAGAAAAGCGUGGAUUAGUCGCAUGAAAGGCUGUUUCCCAAUCUCUGUAUGGAUUCCUCAGUACAAUAUAAGACAAAAUCUGAUCGCAGAUAUUGUGGUGGGCAUCACAAUCGCCUCUUUCCAAGUGCCACAAAGUAUGGGUUAUGCGUUAAUAGCGGACGUGAAUCCAGUGUACGGUCUCUACACUGCAUUCUUUCCAGCGCUGAUGUACUUAAUAUUUGGCACAUCUUUUCAUAGUUCUGUGGGUCCGGUGGCUAUAGUGGCCGGACUCAUGACGGCUAAUAUUAUAGUCGAUGUCUCAGCAGACAUAGGACUCGACUACGAAACUGGAGAUACAACUAAUGUGAUUGAAGGGUUUGAAGGCAUUCAGACGAUAGACAUUGCAGUCAUGAUUUCCAUGAUUAUUGGUCUCUAUCUGCUUAUAUUGGGUUGUUUUCGAUUGGGGUUUAUCAGUAACUACUUGUCCGAUGAACUGGUCAGUGGUUUCAUGACAUCUGCAGCCAUUCAUGUGUUCACAACUCAAAUCCGCUAUUUGUUUGGAGUGGAGCUGAAGAAUAGGUCGGGAAUACUAGCCGUUCCCUUAGUUUAUGUAGAAUUCUUUGGUAAACUUAAAAGUGUAAAUCUGACGGCUUUUAUCAUUUCAAUCAUUUGUGUCUCAAUUCUGCUUAUAUUUAAACUGGGUAUCGAAAGACUAUUUCAAAAAAUGGGUCUCAAGCUCCCAUUUCCCAUACAUUUGUUUAUAAUGAUUGGUGGAUGUAUUGCCUCCUGGUUAAUGGAUCUGAAAAGCGAGUAUGAUAUCUCUGUGGUGGGCAAUAUACCCGAUGAGUUUAAAUCGCCGACAUUUCCCAAAUUUAUACUAUUUAAGUAUAUGUGGCACCGGUGUAUACCAAUAGCAGUGGUCUCCUAUAUCCUAACCUUAUCUGUGGGCCGAUUGUACGCCAAUAAACAUAAUUACAAGAUAAAUGCCAAUCAAGAGAUGGUGGCUCUGGGUAUUUGUAACAUCUGGUCCUCAUUCUUCAUGAGUCUGGCCUCAUGUGCGUCAAUACCCCGAUCAUCAGUACAAGAGAGUGGUGGUGGAAAAACUCAGAUCGUUAGUCUUGUGAACUCCGAUUUACCCAAAUGUGUAUUGGCCUCAUGUAUAGCCUGUGCCCUGGCGUCGAUUUUUGCUAAAUUUCAAGAAUUUCUUAACUUUUGGCGGAUCUCUAAGUUGGAUGGAGUGAGUGAUGAAACUGGCAUAUGGCUGAUCACAUUCCUGAGUGUAGUCAUACUAAACGUGGAUUACGGCAUAUACUGCGGGUUCGGGUGCUCUCUAUUACUACUGAUAUACAAAUCCCAGAGACCGAAGACCUACUCAUUGGGAUCAGUGGAUGACUCGGACAUAUACGUGCCGUUAAGCAAAUUCAAAAGAGCCAAAGAACUGGAAGGCGUUAAGAUAUACCAGUUCUGCGGACCUCUUAAUUUUGCCAACGUUCCCUAUUUUAAGAAAGAGCUACAAAUCAGAAGUGGUGUAGACGUGACUGCAAUUAAGGAGGAAAUGCUAGCAAUGACUCCAUCGACCAGUUGUUUCGUAUUCACGGAAACCAAAGACUAUAAGGCAAUGACUGAGAAAUAUUUGGAGCACAAGAAAAAUUUGCCAAAAUAUAUAAUAAUUGACUGCUCGAUGCUGUCGUAUAUCGACACGUCUGGUGUGACCGAACUCAAGAAGUUGGUCCAAAACCACUCCGACAUCGAUAUUAUGAUACAACUGACGGGAUGUCCCGUUCAUAUCGAGACAGUGCUCAAGAGGGACGGCUUCUUCAAAGAGGUCUCAUCGGAUCGCGUCUAUAAGUCAGUCCACGACGCCAUCUCUUUCAUCAGGCAAUCCGAGUCCACGAUCGGACAGCCCAUCCAGAACUUGGAUCAAAAUAAUAAGCGACUGUUUCCUAGAAUAGUGUCAAACAUGUCAUUGGAUUCAUUGGCGAGUAGUUAUAAUGGCAUUUUAAUGGAUGAUAGAAAUGAUAUGAAAACACCCGACUCUCCCAAAAGUAUUAUGAGGAAUAGCCCGAGAAAUUCACCGCAACUGAACCGAUCCAUUUCAAUGGACUUCAACCACAUACAUUAUCAAUGUUCACCGCAACUGAACCGAUCCACCCGUUCAGUUACUUUUUCCGAUCCUUAA